AUGGCCGGCCCAUGGCUUGAGCCAGAUCCAGCUGCCAAAGAUCCAGCUGCCAAGGAGUCCCUGUCACCUCUGGAGAGCAGGAUGCAGCUGGAGCAGGUUGAAACUCUGAAGGCGAAGCUUCUGGAGCAGGCGCAGGAGAUCAGCCGGUUGCGCUCAGAGCUGGGCGGCACGGAUGCGGAGAAGCACCGGGACCUGCUGGCGGCCGAGAACGAGCGCUUGCGGCAAGAGAUGAAGGCGUGCCAGGGGGAGGUGCAGGAGCUGCGGCGGCAGCAGCAGGCAGCACCGUGCCGGGACUGCACCCACCUCCAGGAGAAUGCUGGGCUGCAGGAGCGGCUGUCCCAGCUGCAGCGGGAGGCGGAGGAGACGCGGGCCAAGCUGGCGGAGCUGGACCUGGAGGUGCAGCAGAAGACGAACCGCUUGGCUGAGGUGGAGCUGCGGCUCAAGGACUCCCUAGCCGAGAGAGCCGAGGAGGAGGAGCGGCUCAGCCGGCGUCUGCGGGACAGCCAGGAGACCAUUGCCAGCCUCAAGUCCCAGCCCCAACAAAUAAAGUACAUCAUCAAGACAGUGGAGGUGGAGUCGGCCAAAGCAAAGCAAGCCCUGUGUGAGAGCCAGUCCCGAAACCAGUACCUGCAGGAGCAGGUGGGGAUGCAGAGACAGGUGCUGAAGGAGAUGGAACAGCAGCUGCAGAGCUCCCAAAAGACAGCGGCUCAGCUCCGAGCUCAGAUCAUGAUGUACGAGGCUGAGCUGGAGCGAGCCCAUGGGCAGAUGCUGGAGGAGAUGCAGGCGAUGGAGGAGGAGAAGAACCACGCCAUCGAAGAGGCAUUUUCCCGUGCCCAAGUGGAGAUGAAAGCAGUGCAUGAAAACCUAGCGGGUGUCCGGACCAACCUGCUGACACUGCAGCCGGCGCUGCGUACCCUCACCCAUGACUACAACAGCCUGAAGCGUCAGGUCCGUGACUUCCCCUUGCUCCUUCAGGAGACCCUGCGGAGCGCCAGGGCCGAGAUCGGCCACGCCAUUGAGGAGGUGCACAGCACCAACCGGGAGCUGCUGCGCAAGUACCGGCGGGGGGUGCAGCUCCGCAAGAAGUGUCACAAUGAGCUGGUGCGGCUGAAAGGAAACAUCCGUGUUUUUGGGCGAGUCCGUCCCAUCACAAAGGAGGAUGGCGAGGGCCCGGAGGCGAGCAAUGCGGUGAGCUUCGAUGCUGAUGAUGAUGCUGUCCUGCACCUCCUGCACAAGGGGAAGCAGGUGUCCUUCGAGCUGGAUAAAGUCUUCCCCCCGCAAGCAUCCCAGGAGGAGGUGUUUCAGGAGGUUCAAGCCCUGGUCACCUCCUGUAUCGAUGGCUACAACGUCUGCAUCUUUGCCUAUGGGCAGACAGGGGCAGGAAAAACCUACACAAUGGAGGGAACGGCAGCUAACCCAGGGAUCAACCAGCGAGCCCUGCAGCUCCUCUUCUCCGAGGUGCGGGGCAAGGCGGCCGACUGGGACUACGCCAUCAGCGUCAGCGCUGCCGAGAUUUACAACGAGGCGCUCAGGGACUUGCUGGGGAAGGAGCCACAGGAGAAGCUGGAGAUCAAGCUGUGCCCGGACGGCAGCGGGCAGCUCUAUGUGCCCGGGCUGACCGAGUUCAGGGUGCAGAGCGUGGAGGACAUCAACAAGGUCUUCGAGUUCGGCCAUGUCAACCGGGCGACGGAGUGCACGAACCUGAACGAGCACAGCUCCCGCUCCCAUGCCCUCCUCAUCGUCACUGUCCGCGGCCUUGACCGCAGCACGGGGCUCCGCACCACAGGGAAGCUGAACCUGGUGGACUUGGCGGGAUCGGAGCGAGUCGGGCGGUCGGGCGCGGAGGGCAGCCGGCUCCGCGAGGCGCAGCACAUCAACAAGUCCCUCUCAGCACUGGGCGACGUCAUUUACGCCCUGCGUUCCCGGCAGGGCCACGUGCCCUUCCGCAACUCCAAGCUGACCUACCUGCUGCAGGACUCGCUCAGCGGUGACAGCAAGACCCUCAUGAUGGUGCAGGUCUCUCCCGCUGAGAAGAACACCAGUGAGACUCUGUGCUCCCUGAAGUUCGCCGAGAGGGUUCGCUCCGUGGAGUUGGGUCCCGUCUCCCGCAAGGCUGAGCUGGCCUCUUGGCCCAGCCAGGAGCAGCUGGAGGGUGACUCACCCGGGACUGCAGCACCCUCCAGCCGGGGCCAUGUGUCCCCCAGCCCAGCACAGCUCUCCGGCCGUGCUGCCUCCAUCCGCAGGAAGCUCCAGACCUCAG